UCCCAUACAUGUGUGAUUGGGCAAAGGUUUUACAGUCGAGAUAGUCUUAGUCUCUGUCAAAGAAACUCCACACGCAUGGUGUUGCUUCUGAUAUGUUUAAGUCCUUUUCAUUAAAAUUACACGAUGAGGGAGUAUGAUGAAAUAAUUGCAAUUCUAGGAGAGUGGGGGCCUUUUCAAGCACUCAUUUACAUCCUCCUGAGUCUCAGUGCUAUCCCCAGUGGAUAUACGGCAUUAUCCAUGGUUUUCCUGGCGGACAUUCCUCCUCACCACUGCAGGCUUCCAUUCUUGAACAGUAGCUAUGGGGGACUGGGCUACAAUCUGUCCAUCCCGACUGAAGAAGUGAAAGGAAAGAUCAUCCUGAGUCGCUGCAGACGCUACAUUGAACAGGGGGACUCUGAUGCUGUGUUUGGCAAUGAUACAGAGGGCUGUCUGGAUGGCUGGGUGUUCAGCAAGGAGAGAUACGUGUCCACCAUUGUAACUGAGUGGAAUCUGGUGUGUGAUGACGCUUGGAAAGCUCCCUUUACCGUAACUGUGUUUUUCCUUGGAGUACUGGCAGGAUCAUUUUGUUCAGGCAUCAUAUCAGACAGGUAUGGCAGGAAGCUCACCUUCUUUUCCAGCAAGGCUUUGCUGACUGUGUUCAGCCUGGUCCUGAUCGCCUCCAACAGCUGGGAAAUGUUCUGUGUGGUGUACUGUUUUGUGGGAAUGAUGGACGUUGCCAAUUACUGUACUGCCUUCAUUCUUGGUGCAGAGCUCCUCAGUAAGUCCGCCCGCAUGAGCUUUGGAAUUCUGGGAGUCUGUUCAUGCUUCGCCAUUGGCUACGCCAUUCUGCCACUCUUUGCAUACUUCAUCCGGAGCUGGAGGACCCUGCAGUUGGCACUGUCUCUCCUGGGAUUUCUUUAUAUUCCCCUGUGGUGGUAUGUACCAGAGUCUCCUCGCUGGCUCAUCACACAGGGCCGGUUUCAGGAGGCUGAGGCCAUCAUUCGAGCUGCAGCCAUAAAGAAUGGCAUCACUCCUCCAGACGACUUCUUUCAGCUGGAGCACAGCGCUGAGGAAAAGGUGAUUCCUGAGAAUCCGACAAUUGAGCAUGAAUCAGGUGGUCAGAAUAAGUAUACUUGGCUGGAUCUCCUGAAAACCAAAAAUAUAAGGAACAUCACAGUUCUGAACAUCAUCAUUUGGAUAUCCAUAAACAUAGCAUACUAUGGACUGUCCUUUAACACCUCCAAUCUGGACGGAGAUCCUUAUCUCAACUGCCUCAUCGCUGCCAGCACUGAGUUCGUUGCCUACAUCUUUGUGUGGUUCACCACCCGCUACGCUCCUCGGCGCUUCACGCUGCCAUUCACUCUUCUUCUUGGUGGGGUUUUGCUGCUGCUAAUCGAGUUAGUCCCUCAAGAGCUCAAUGCCUUGACUGUCGCCUUGGCGAUGACAGGAAAACUGGUUGUGACCGGGGCCUUUUCUUUUGUCUAUUUCUACUCCACGGAGCUCUUCCCCACUGUGGUUCGGAACAUGGGAUUGGGUGUCACCUCCAUGGCCGCCAGAAUUGGCAGCACACUUUCCCCAUACAUAGCCUACAUUGGGACAUAUAACAGUGUGCUGCCCUAUAUUCUAAUGGGUGCCAUCUCCAUCAUCUCUGGUGUCUUAAGCCUGCUCUUACCAGAAACAAAAGGCGAAGAACUCCCAGAACUCAUCAGCCAAGUGAAACCUCUCCAAUGGCUUUGCAGGAAAAAGAAGUCAGUGGAUAAAAACAACCAAGAUGGAAGUUUGAGGAGUGAGGUGGAGUUGACCCUUCAUCAGAGAGGACUUCAAACAACUAUCAACACAUUUUGACAGGAUUUUCUACUUUAUACAUGAAGUAUUUUGCAUUUAAGGACUUCGUAUUCUUUUUUUAAGUUGACGUUUAGAUUGGAGUUUUUGUCAUUUCCCUUGUAAUUUUACUGACAUGUAUGGUUUGAACUUUUUAUAAAUGUUUCCAUUGAUUAGAGUUUUUCCCAUUAUUUUCACACUUCUCAAUACCAUGUCCACUUUUUCAAAACUCUUCACACAGUAGGCUU